GCGCGCGCGCCGCGGAGAAGCAGGGCCCCCUCGCCCCCGCCCCUUCCCACGCGCCGGCCCCGCGCCCCCGCGCCCCUACUCGCGAGCCCAGGCGACAUGCAAAUGAGAGGUGGGAACUGGCUCGGAGAAGUAAAGCCACUUGUUAGUUAAUGGCAGCGCUGGAGUCACAUGCCCAACUAAGGAACCCCACGUCUCUUGGAUCCAUUUCUUCUCACUCGCCAGGCCUUUGGGGUCCAUCAGAUCUGGUUCACGUCGUGGCCCUGCCCCUUCCCGGCAGAGGGAGCUUGGGCAAUUGACUUGGCCUUCCUGUGCCUUGGUUUCCCGGUUUGCAAAGUCGCGGUGGUCUACCCGUAAUUCAGACGUUUGGUGUGAGGCUUAGCUACCCACCCUGAUGAUAAGUGCUAACGUUUCCUAAGCACUUCUGUAUACACAGCACUUUAUGUUGUUAUCUUUAGGGCAAGUCUGUGUGAGUGGGUGGAAAUACCAUUUUCCAAAAGGCCGAGCUAAGGCCCAAAGAGGGGAGCACCUUGCCCAAGGCUACACGGAGAGGAAACAACAGACUCAGGAAUUGAACCUAGAACCUCUGGAGCCCGGCUCCAAUUUCCAGAGCCAAGCCCCCUGCCGCUCAAUGGACACCUCCAGCCCAGACGCGUGGCCUUCGCCUUUCCCCAGGGAGGAAGAGAAACCUCUGGCCUUACCUCCUCCUGUUCCCCAGGGCCACCGAGGCCAACGUCCUGCGGGGGCCACCUCCUCCAAUCAGACCCUCAAGACCACCCUCCCUCGCAAGCGGGGCCGCCCCCCCAAGUCAGGGCAGGAGCCCCCAGUGGCGCAGGGGGUCACCGCCCCAGUGGUCAGCGAUGGUGGCAGUGACCUCCUGUUGAUCGAUGAUCAGGGGGUACCCUACACAGUCUCUGAAGGGUCUGUGGCGAGUGGGCCUGAGAGCUCCAGCCCUAAGAAAGCCCCGCACUUCUGCCUGGUGUGCCUUCGGGCCUUCCCCUACCUCUCCGACCUGGAGCGCCACAGCAUCUCUCACUCAGAGCUGAAGCCGCACGAGUGCAAGGAUUGCGGCAAGACCUUCAAGCGGUCCAGCCACCUGCGGCGGCAUUGCAACAUCCAUGCCGGGCUUCGGCCCUUCCGCUGCCCGCUCUGCCCACGCCGCUUCCGGGAGGCAGGCGAGCUGGCCCACCACCACCGCGUCCACUCUGGGGAGCGCCCCUACCAGUGCCCCAUCUGCCGGCUGCGUUUCAUGGAGGUCAACACGCUGCGGCGCCAUAUCAAACGCAAGCACCCCGAGGCCAUGGAGGUACCCCUGUGUCUUCCGGACCCAGAGCCUGAACCACUGUGGGAUGACGACGGCAUCCCAGCCACGGCAGAGGCGGAGGAGGAGGGGCUGGAGGGGAAAGAGCUGGCCUGCCCCAGGCCUCCGGCCACCGCUCCCCAGGCUGGGAUUAGAGCUGGGAGUCGGGCUGGUGCUGGGCCUGAGCAGGGAGGCCCGGACACCCUCACAUCUAGUGGUCUUCCCAUUGUGGGAGGGGGUUGGGGGUGCGGACCUCAACUUCUGGAUCCUGCUGCCUUCUGCCACCCUCCCCCGGACUGACAGGCCUUUGGAGGCAGGGGCUGUGGAAAUAAAUCUCUGCCUAUUGGC